AUGAAAUGUAUGCAUUUAAAACACUGCACUGGGCUAUAUGGUAAAACAAGAGAAUUACAGAGCUCACUACUUGCAGGAAAUAAACACCCAAGCCUAAGUCUUUUUUUUUUUUUUUUUUUUUUUCCCUCCCCUUUCUUACAGAAGGGGUCUUCGCCAGUUGCUCCAGUUCAUAUUGUCAGUGAAGAGUCCCCUGACAAGACAAAUUUGGGCUUCAUUCAUGCGUUUGUGGCUGCAAUAUCAGUCAUCAUUGUAUCAGAGCUGGGGGACAAGACCUUCUUUAUUGCGGCCAUCAUGGCAAUGCGAUACAACCGUUUGACCGUACUGGCUGGUGCUAUGCUCGCCUUGGGACUCAUGACAUGCUUAUCAGUUUUGUUCGGCUAUGCCACCACAGUUAUUCCCCGUGUGUAUACAUACUAUGUGUCAACCGCACUCUUUGCAAUUUUUGGCAUCAGAAUGCUUCGAGAAGGCCUGAAAAUGAGCCCAGAUGAGGGUCAGGAGGAACUGGAGGAAGUUCAAGCAGAAAUUAAAAAAAAAGAUGAGGAAGUAAGUCAAAUUUCUAACGACAUUAAGAUUUGUGCCGUUGCAGCCAAGGUCUCUGUCAUUAUAGCCUUCCAAACAGACUGGUCCACUUUCAAGAACAUUUAUUUGGUUUGUUUAGAUGACAUUUCUAAUCUUAUGUUUUUUUUUGUUUCCACCAUAGUCUUGGCAGCGAGGGAGGACCCCUAUGGUGUGGCAGUAGGGGGAACAGUUGGGCACUGCCUGUGCACUGGCUUGGCAGUCAUUGGAGGGAGGAUGAUAGCACAGAAGAUCUCUGUUAGGACUGUGACAAUCAUAGGAGGCAUCGUCUUCUUAGCGUUUGCAUUUUCUGCACUAUUUAUAAGUCCAGACUCUGGUUUUUAAACUUUUUGUUUUUCAUCAUUGUGAAAGAACGAGGAGUGGAAGCGCUAUGCAGCUAUCCUUGUACGUCGCUGUAUAUAAUGUACAGGAUUAUAGUUAAACACAUCCUGAAGAUGAGACACUGUACUUUUUAUAGCAAAUGAUCUGUGGCAUUGACACGUUUAUGGACAGCUUCUGCAGUGAGCUCUGCUCAUGGUCUGGGCUGUGCGAUCUG